AUGGAACUUGAAGCUAGUGACUCCAAUUCGUUUUCUAUGUCUACCAACGAGACUGGUAAAGCCAACCCUAAUGUUCAAAUCGUACAAGAUGGUAAAGUUGUCAAAAAGGUUCAAAAAACCAGACAACGGAGAAUCUUGUCAUGCGUCUAUUGCCAUUCGAAAAAGAUCAAAUGUGAUAGGCAAAAACCAUGCUCUCAAUGCACCAAAUUAGGCAUGGAAUGCAAGUACUUUAUUAAUGAAAGAAUCAGCCGUGGUGGUAAGAAAUCUAGCAGAUUAACUGCAGAUGAGAAGAAAUUGAGAGGAUUGAUGAACUCCGCCAAUGAGAACAAGAAGGCGAAACAGGAAUCUGUUGAAACAGCAAAGAGUCAAGAUACACAAUCACUGCUGUCAUCGUCACCCACAAACUCAUCAACUACGUCAACUGCAAAUCCACUUGCCCCAUCUUCAAGCAUUGCAACGAGUAUUGAAGAAGUCGAGCAACAACAGUUUGACACUGCUCCUAAUACCAAGGAUUAUACUGCAAACCCUAAUCAAAGUCAACAGGAACAGCUUGGCAUUGAAGAUGAAACGUUUAAAACUCCCCUGGGAUUGGAUAUAUCAGUGAGUUUGUUGGGAUUUCUGAAUAAACCUGAAGCAAGCUCCAAUUCAAACAGCCUUCGCAGCUUCACCGCAAACGUCGAAUCACCCUUUUCAGGUGCUGAUCCAUUUGCUAUUGGAGGUUUAAUUCAAUCUCCUAUGGUAAAUCAAGCAACAAAUAGUAUGACAAGUAGUUAUUUCAAUCACAACUUCACAACACAGGCAACUAAUCACAAUAACAGCAUUAAUGGUGCAAAUAAUCAAAUCAAUUUCAACUCAAGUUCGUUUCCAUUGGCUAAUCUGGAUGUCUCAAUUACAUUUUCAAGCCAUGCAAAUUCACCUACUAUGAACUUUUCAGAAAGAUUACAACAACAACAGCAGCAGCAGCAACAGAUACCACCUCGACCAGAGUCAGCCUCAAUUGUGAAAACUCAACCGCAGAGCUCAACUUUGUACAACUCGUUAAAUGGAUAUACCAUCAAUACAGCCACUUCAGUUAACUACUUGUAUGGGACAAAUACUUAUGGUGAAAAUUCAACUAUACUCAAUGAUAUUACAGAGUAUUUGCCAACAGAUAAAGAUCGGUCAUUUGAAUUAAUCGAUAGAUACCUCAAUUCAGUGCACUUGUUGUUGCCAAUAGUGGUUAAUAUGAAAGAAUUUUUAGUCCAACACAAAUUAUAUUGGGAGAUCAAAUCUAGAAGAGAUUCAACUACAGCAGAUUUAAAUAACCCCCGUGUUGAGUCACCUGGAUCAAGUCAUCAUAGUGGAGAUGGUGGAAAUGAACCAAUGCCAUCUGACUCAAACUUCAAUUACAUUCAAUUUUAUACCUUAUAUUUGCCUAUUUUAUAUGCCUCAACUAUAUCGGAAUUUGAAGAAUAUGACAAUUUGUUAUUAAAUCAGGAGAUUCACAAAUACCUCAUGGGGUUCAAGAUUUGUAAAAAAUACUACAACUUCCCCGAGGGCAUAAAAACUAUUCCUUUGUUAUUGGGCAAUGUGAUUAUUCAAAGUACUUCACCCAAUCCAUCAACAAUGGAAAUGGCACAAAUUAUUAGAUAUGCCAAAUUUUUGCAUUUCCAUAAAGAUCCAUGGAUAACAUUAAGAAUAAAGGAUCCAGAAAUCAUUAAAUUCAGAAGAUUAUUGUGGUGGGUCAUAUUUGGAUUAGAUGCUUUAUCUUCCCACAAUUUUUGUUUGCCACCAAACUGUCGUAGUGAUGAUUUCAAUGUAUUGAUGCCAGACGAAGAAGAAUUCAUUGGAGGCGAGAAGAAACUAAACGUUUCAAUCGUUUCCAUGAAUAUCAAGUUUGGCUAUGAUAUACUAUUGAGCGAAAUCGUUUAUCACUUACACAACGGUUUGUGUGUCAACAUCAAUUGUCAUCAGAUCAACCAACUAAAACAAUCAAUAUUAAGCUAUCAAGAACAAAUCAAGAAAUAUAUAUCGAAAAUGGAUAAAUAUUUUCAACUGAAACAAAUUUUCGCAGAUACUCUCAACCACAGCCCUAUCCAAUUACUAAAUGUUGUGAAUUUUGUGAAAAUUCAUUCCUGGAGUUUUCUAGAUAGGGCUUUAAUGCUAUUGCAUAAAAAAAUCCUUCUUGGUACUCCAAAGAACCAUAAUCAUAAUGAUGAAAUUGAAAAUGAAAUUGUCCAAUUGGGGUUAAAGGAGCCGGUGAUGCAAAUCAGGGCAAAUGAAAAUCCGUUAUCAUUAUGUAAAUUUGAAGAUACUUAUGGUCAGAUAUUAGAAGCCAAUAUAAUUACCAAUUUUAAUAAUUCAUCUAUAUCCCUAUUGAAAUUUGGCGAUUUCGAGAAUUUUAGUUAUGGCGAUUUGGCCAACAAUUUGAUACCAUCUAUCUUACACAACUUUAAUGAUUUCUUGCUCUAUAAUGACUUCAUCAAAUUUGGGAAGUUCAACUGGUUCAUCAAAAGAACCAUUCCAAUCGAUUCGGUCAUUUUGUUAAUGAUAAUUAUUAGCGUUAAAUUCAAAUACCAGUUUAUCACGACGGAAGAAUUGAGCACUUAUAAAAAUCUCAUUAACAGUGUCAUGUAUAUUAUCAACAGAAAAUGGUUUAAAAAUGAAAAAUACAAAAGGAUGUUGAGUCUCACGAAUAUGACCUGGGAAUAUCUUUUGAAAAAAUUUGAUGUAAAUGAUGUUAUUGCUUUUGACGUAAAGAAUUCUGAGGGUGCAAAAGAUUUAGUGUCAGUAAAUAUUAUGGACACACUGCAAUUGAAGGAGAAAAUUUUGUAUGAUUUGCGACACAAUUUUAUUGAUGUUGUUGAUUAUUGCAGUUUUUAUUCAAGUUUGGAAAAUUUAUUGAAUGAAUUGAUUAAAUAUAUAGAGAGUAAAUAA